AUGGAAUAUUAUUUUAGGUUUUCCUAUUUAGAUAAUAAUAAUACUGUGCAUUUUUCUAAUGUAACUAAACUGUCGCCUACAUCUUUCAUUUCAACCAUAAAUGAUGAUGAUGAUGAUGAUGAUGAUGAUGAUGAUGAUGAUGAUGAUGAUGAUGAUGAUGAUGAUGAUGAUGAUGAUGAUGAUGAUGAUGAUGAUGAUGAUGAUGAUGAUGAUGAUGAUGAUGAUGAUGAUGAUGAUGAUGAUGAUGAUGAUGAUGAUGAUGAUGAUGAUGAUGAUGAUGAUGAUGAUGAUGAUGAUGAUGAUGAUGAUGAUGAUGAUGAUGAUGAUGAUGAUGAUGAUGAUGAUGAUGAUGAUGAUGAUGAUGAUGAUGAUGAUGAUGAUGAUGAUGAUGAUGAUGAUGAUGAUGAUGAUGAUGAUGAUGAUGAUGAUGAUGAUGAUGAUGAUGAUGAUGAUGAUGAUGAUGAUGAUGAUGAUGAUGAUGAUGAUGAUGAUGAUGAUGAUGAUGAUGAUGAUGAUGAUGAUGAUGAUGAUGAUGAUGAUGAUGAUGAUGAUGAUGAUGAUGAUGAUGAUGAUGAUGAUGAUGAUGAUGAUGAUGAUGAUGAUGAUGAUGAUGAUGAUGAUGAUGAUGAUGAUGAUGAUGAUGAUGAUGAUGAUGAUGAUGAUGAUGAUGAUGAUGAUGAUGAUGAUGAUGAUGAUGAUGAUGAUGAUGAUGAUGAUGAUGAUGAUGAUGAUGAUGAUGAUGAUGAUGAUGAUGAUGAUGAUGAUGAUGAUGAUGAUGAUGAUGAUGAUGAUGAUGAUGAUGAUGAUGAUGAUGAUGAUGAUGAUGAUGAUGAUGAUGAUGAUGAUGAUGAUGAUGAUGAUGAUGAUGAUGAUGAUGAUGAUGAUGAUGAUGAUGAUGAUGAUGAUGAUGAUGAUGAUGAUGAUGAUGAUGAUGAUGAUGAUGAUGAUGAUGAUGAUGAUGAUGAUGAUGAUGAUGAUGAUGAUGAUGAUGAUGAUGAUGAUGAUGAUGAUGAUGAUGAUGAUGAUGAUGAUGAUGAUGAUGAUGAUGAUGAUGAUGAUGAUGAUGAUGAUGAUGAUGAUGAUGAUGAUGAUGAUGAUGAUGAUGAUGAUGAUGAUGAUGAUGAUGAUGAUGAUGAUGAUGAUGAUGAUGAUGAUGAUGAUGAUGAUGAUGAUGAUGAUGAUGAUGAUGAUGAUGAUGAUGAUGAUGAUGAUGAUGAUGAUGAUGAUGAUGAUGAUGAUGAUGAUGAUGAUGAUGAUGAUGAUGAUGAUGAUGAUGAUGAUGAUGAUGAUGAUGAUGAUGAUGAUGAUGAUGAUGAUGAUGAUGAUGAUGAUGAUGAUGAUGAUGAUGAUGAUGAUGAUGAUGAUGAUGAUGAUGAUGAUGAUGAUGAUGAUGAUGAUGAUGAUGAUGAUGAUGAUGAUGAUGAUGAUGAUGAUGAUGAUGAUGAUGAUGAUGAUGAUGAUGAUGAUGAUGAUGAUGAUGAUGAUGAUGAUGAUGAUGAUGAUGAUGAUGAUGAUGAUGAUGAUGAUGAUGAUGAUGAUGAUGAUGAUGAUGAUGAACGUGCAUAA